AGCAAGCUCCCAGCAGCGCCCUCCUAAAAUUGGACGAAGGACACGAAGUUCGAAGAAGCAGUCCCCGACGUUAUCUCUCUCUUCUCAUGCCGGCCCCGGCCGGCACGUACCUCCAGUUCCACAUCCACCACUGCGUGCAACAAUCUUGAAUUUAAUCGGCAACGUUCCCCAUCACCACCAAUUCACCAUAAGGUCGCGGUGCCUGCUCGACGAGCGUGAGGAGACUGACCAUAAGGUGUUCGACGAAAUGCUGGACUAGGAUUGUUAUGUGCUCGCACUUGUUCGGGGGUCAAGCUUGUUGCAAUCUUCGAACAAGGCCAGUUCACAUGAUCAGCUCACCCCAAGGUGUUGUAGAAGGUGACGUCAAACUGUCAGUCGGAUAGACUCUGGGUAUGCAGGGAUCCUGACCUGCGCCGCAAAGGAUUAGAAUGGAGUGAGGGGAAGGUGGGGGAGAUUGUUCAGUUUCUGGUGCCAUUGCAUUUUCUUGAAAGGGGCGUCAAGCGGGAAAUUAAGUCUGGAAUUUGGACUUCUCAUGCCGUCAAAUUAAAAUAUCUUCAAGGCUGCUGUAACAUUGAGAAGUUCAGGCAUUGCUUGUCUUUUUGCUGAAUGAAGAUACAUAUUCAAUUCCUUCGAUCAAGUGGAAAGGCACUAAAUGUGUUUAUAGGCCGCUUUUGUUCUAAAUGCACUAAACAAGAAGAUAGUGCCACCUCGAAAAGCCAGACCACUGAUGGCACGUGUAUACAUGGGUUAAUCGCACCGUCCAGCAAGGAUGAAUUGUCGGCUGUACCUGAAGUUGCUGGUGAUGGCAGAAAUACAGAAGUGCCCAAUGUCCAGUUGAAAGAGAAGCCAGUUCUUGGUUUUGACCCUCCUAGGAAGCCGAGGGCAAGACAUAGACUCAAAAUCUGGAUCAGCACUCGGCACAAUGGCAUAAUUGGACGAUACGGUAAUAAACUGGAUUUAGGUUUCUUCAAUGGGGCGAAGCGGUUAUCAGCUGAACAUUUGAAUACUGGAUGGCCAGAUUGGCUUGUGACUGUGGCACCUGAGGCAGUGCAAGGCUGGGCCCCACUGCGAGCUGAUUCGUUUGAGAGAUUAAGUAAGAUUGGACAAGGGACUUAUAGUAGUGUUUACAAAGCUCGGGAUCUUAGAACAGCCAAAAUUGUUGCGCUCAAAAAGGUUCGGUUUGCCAAUACAGAUCCUGAAAGUGUGCGCUUUAUGGCUAGAGAAAUAUGUGUUCUUCGGAAACUCAAUCAUCCCAAUGUUAUAAAGUUGGAAGGGAUAAUAACGUCUCCUGUUUCACAAAACCUAUAUCUCGUCUUUGAAUACAUGGAACAUGACCUUGUUGGCCUUGCUGCAACUCCAGAACUCAAGUUCACCGAGUCACAGGUCAAGUGCUUGAUGCAACAGAUAUUUAGUGGCCUUGAUCAUUGCCACAGCAAAGGAAUUCUUCAUCGUGACAUGAAGGGCUCCAAUCUCUUGAUUGAUAGCAAUGGUGUUUUGAAGAUUGCUGACUUUGGCUUAGCUACAUUUUAUGAUCCUGAGAGUCGGCAACCACUGACAAGCCGUGUUGCAACAUUGUGGUACAGACCACCAGAACUUCUGCUUGGUGCCACCAGGUACAGUGCUGCUGUGGAUAUGUGGAGUACAGGGUGCAUUUUUGGGGAAUUGCUGGCUGCCAAGCCAAUCAUGCCAGGCAGAACUGAGGUGGAGCAAAUUCACAAGAUUUUCAAGCUCUGUGGAUCACCUUCUGACGAGUACUGGCAGAAAUUGGAAGUGCCCCCAACAGGGAUGUUCAAGCCCCUGUGCCAGUAUAAGCGGUGCAUUGCUGAGAAUUUCAAAGAUUUACCUCCAUCAGCUCUAGUUCUUCUAGAUAACUUGCUUGCAUUAGAACCAGAAGCUCGUGGAACAGCUGCCUCAAGUCUUCAGAGUGACUUUUUUAGAACAGAGCCACUUGCUUGCAGCCCUUCGGACUUACCAAAGUGUCCACCGAGCAAAGAAUAUGAUGCUAGACUCCGACAAGAGGAAGCAAGAAGACAAAGAAGGCCAGAAUCUGUUCGAUCAGGAAUUGAGAAUCCUAGAGAAAACCGUGCUGCAUAUGGUUCUAUUAAACCGCAGAGGCUUCAGCAUACCAAAACAAGGUUCAAUAGUGCACAUCUCAAUCCAAAGGAUGAUCAACUGACGUUGGCUACUGAGGUACAACCUCUAGGGUUUGAUUCCACAUGGAUCAAUGGAGGUAACAAUUAUAUGGACCAUCACGAAGUACCUGAACGCAAAUACAGAUCUGGCCGAUUGGCAAAUUCCAACAUUUCAAGGACAAAGGGCUCAGACAUGUUUAAACCUGAAUCGACUGGCGUAGGGAACAUUGUGCCUGCUUCUCACAACAAAGAGAUGGGAGUAAAAGGCCCAAUGGUGGACUACAAGGGUAAGAGCAAAAUAGUCAAUUUGUCUGGUCCACUGGCUACUCAAGAUGGGAACAUAGAGGAUAUGCUCAGAGAACAUGAGCGGAAUGUUCAGGAAGCGGUGCGCAAAGCGCGCUGCAUCAAGAGUUGAGAUCUGUGAAACAGAUGAGUGGGAUCGAACUGUCAAAGAUUCCAGCAUUUCAAAGUUCAAAGUCCUGGGAUGGCAGUAUGCAUUUUUCUACAAAGCAUCUCUAGAAGAGCAACUUCUCUCCAAAUGGCCAUAAUUAAUUGAAAAAGAGCUACUGCCAUUUUUGUACAGCUGAAGAUCAUUACAAGAGUUGGGCGAUACCGGUACCAUUAUUUUUAAGUGAGGCAGAUGCCUUGUGAGCUUAAUGAGCAUAUGCUGCCAUUUGUAUUGAAUGUGUACUAAGGGGGCAUGGUGAAGCUUAGGGGCUGGGGAGGUCUAAGAAAUACAAGCCAAGGUUUGUAGCGGAUUUUUGACGGUUUAUGGCCCUCAUAUUUUGUCUUCGUGAUUAUAUUUGAAGUACAAGAAGAUUUACAAGGAAGGAUGUACAGUACAAAUACCACAGAUUGCUGUAGCAAAUUAUCUGAACAUAAAGAACAUAGUUCUGAACAAACAUUGAGGAGAGAAAAUGGCAAUUUCUCAUGAUAAAGCAAUGUAGUCCAGUAUCCCACCAUGAUAACCCAUGGUGGAUGCAUUAUGCAAGCAUGACAACUGAACAAACUCCAAAUCCUUGGGCCUGCCUCAGUCACAUAAUUUUCUGUAAUAUUAACAUGAAAAUGCAGAAGCUGAACCCAUGAUGCUGCUGGGAAUCAGAACGAUAGCUGCAAUUGGUAUUGCAGUUCGAUCUUCCUGAAAAAUUAGGAAAAAUGCAAUGACUAGAUCAGACCAUAUCUCCUAUGACAUAUACCCCAUUGCUCCGUAUCUUGAGAACAAAAGGUGGUUGUAAAUCUGAUCCUGCUAACAAAAGGUGGUUAGUUCA